AUGAUCGAGGACAAAUACAUCGGCCUUAUGUUGGCCGUUUCUUCGUCAUUAGCAAUUGGCACGAGCUUCGUCCUCACGAAAAAGGGCUUGAAUCAAGCAGGAGAGCAGCAUGGCUUCGACGGAGAGGGCUUUGCCUAUCUCCGGAGCUCCACAUGGUGGGGAGGCAUCAUUACAAGUGAGAACAUCUACACCUGCUGGCAGGGCCCGGUACUGACCAAAGAAGUGGUCCUUGGCGAAAUCGCGAACUUUGCUGCCUAUGCCUUUGCGCCCGCUAUAUUGGUGACGCCGCUGGGUGCACUCAGUGUACUGAUUGGCGCCGUUUUGGGAGUCUAUUUUCUCAAUGAGAAGCUCGGCAUUCUGGGCAAGAUUGGGUGCGCUACCUGCCUUAUUGGAUCCGUCAUAAUCGUACUCCAUGCUCCCCCGGACAAGGAAGUGCAGACCGUCGAUGAGAUUCUGCACUUCGCCAUCCAGCCUGGUUUCAUGUUCUACUGCAUACUGGUCAUGGGCUUCUCCAUCUUCAUGAUUUAUAAGGUCGCGCCCAAAUAUGGACGCAAGAACCCGCUGAUCUACCUUUCGAUCUGUUCGACGGUUGGCUCGCUCUCAGUCAUGGCGGUCAAGGCUUUCGGUAUUGCUUUGAAGCUCACGUUUGCGGGCAAGAACCAGUUCACACAUCCCAGCACAUACGCUUUUGCGAUCGUUGUGGUUGUGUGUGUUCUAACCCAGAUGAACUAUUUCAACAAGGCACUCAGCCAGUUCUCCACGAACAUUGUGAAUCCAUUAUAUUACGUUACUUUUACGACCUUCACGCUCGUUGCCUCGUUUAUUCUUUUCCGCGGCUUCAACACAACGGAGGCGGUCAACACCAUCUCCCUCAUAUGCGGCUUCUUGGUCAUUUUUUCGGGCGUCUACCUCCUCAACCUCUCGAGAACCGAUCCCGACGGCACUUCUGCCCUGGCAAACUCCUUCGGCGAUGCAGUUCCCACGGAUGGCAUUGCAACGUUCCAGACACGUCGGUCAAUGCAGUCAAGGCGCAGCGAUGAUUCGGGCUUUGCGGGUCGGGGAAGCCUCGGCGACCGUGAACGCCUUAUGCGGUCAUAUGAUCACCGGGAUUUUGAUCUGGAGGAUGGUCAGGCGUUCGGGCUCGGCGAUCUCGCCGACGAUAGCGACGAGGAUGACGGCAGCGGCCGGAAGAGGACGAGUUUCGAAGACCCGAGGCUAGGAAGCGCCAGAAAUUCCCGAUCCGGACGUUCCACGCCAUCAGGAAGCGGCAGGAGAGGUACUCCCGUACAACUCGAGAAAGGCUCAGUAAGGCCAAGCAAAAAGAGCAUGGAUCGGUGA